AUAUUAAAGCGUCAAAUCACUUGCAGCUUUUGCAGGAGAACCAGAAACAAAGAUCGUCGAUCACCAUAGUUAAAACAGGAACAUGGGGUUUUUAGGCAAAGUGGUGGAUGCGAUUCUGUUGCUAACAUUCUUGUCCAUGUCGUUGGUGCCGCCGUUGCUGGACGCCCAAGCUCUCGUGCCGGAAUCCGUCAUCCCCGACGUUCUCGUUCGUCUGUACAAAUGGUACACAACCGAACACCAAGAUUACUUGCUGCUGGAGCAGCCUGCUUUUUUCAUGGCGCUCAUGAAGCUGGAGAUUUUCUUCGUGUGGCCGCUCGCUAUGAUCAACCUUUACGGAUUGUUGAACUCCAAGCCUUGGUUCAAAUCCACCUGCCUCAUCUUCGGCUCCGCUAUUGCCACCUCCACGACGGCUAUGGUGGGAGACAUGUUGGGAUCCAAGAAGCCUAUGGCCAAUAAACUGGCGAUGAUGUACUCGCCUUUUAUAGCGCUUGGGUUCCUAGCCGUACUGCGAGGGCUGCUUACACCGUCGACCAAGGCUUCCUCCACCUAUGGUAACGGACCUGGGUCGGCUUUGAAAAAGAAGGCUUGAAGUUUGGAUCAAAGAGUUACAAGGACCAUAUUCUUCAUUAAGCUACCAUGUCAAAAACAAUAAUAUGUCAGCAAUAUAGUAUUAUUUGUAUUAGUCUCCUCUUUAUCAUGUCUUGAAAGUGAUUGUGUGACAAUUAAUGCAUUGGCCUUCCAUGAAUUGGCUCUUAUGAUUAUAAAUUAUAAACCAUGAUGACACCUAUCCUUUUAGAUUUCAACGAGAUGGUGUUUGCCAGGAUGAGCUCAUGUGUUUCAAUGGA